UUUUGCCAACAACUCUUUUGAUAUUCUUUCUAGUUCCUUGUACAUGGAUUGUAGUCUAUUGAAUCGUCCAAAUUGUAAGAGAUCAACAAUAUUUGAAAAACCAAGCAACCUUUGCGGUACAAAUAGUUUGACUGUAACCAACGAGUCUAGAAUAUUUUAGGGUGUGGCGAUCUGAAGAGUUGACUUGUGUAAAUAAAGUAAAUGGUAUACAGUAAUUCAACUACUGUGUUCAACGAGAAAUUGCUUUUUUUACACUCUUUUGUAACUGUUAUAGCAAAUAAAUCAACUUUAUUUCGUUCCUAUGAUCAAAAAAAGACGGAAGAAGAAAGUAUGGAGCAACUUUUCUUUCAACUGGCAAAUUCUGUUCCCCAAUUGCUACUUCUAAGAUAACUUUGCCAAACUUUUCAGAAAACAAUUCAGUCGGAACAAUAGUUGUACAACUAAAAAUACUCUCCCAAUUCGUAAUUGGACAUUACUCGUACGCAUAUUUACUAUACCUUGCCAUUAUGCAAUACGAGAAGAAGAAAUUGGAGAUCUUUGCUUCUAGUUUUAAAUAAUUUUCGACAAGUUUCAUUGCCUUGGGAAAUAUGACAUUUUUUAAACAAUAGAAGAAUUCAAUAGUUUCGUUUGGAAUCAUAGAAAAUAGUCAGUUUUGACAACAAAAGAGGAACCUUUGAAUAUGUGAGGAUAGGGUAUAAUAAAAUCUCUUUGACAAGUACUAGGACGUGUACAAGUGCUCAUAAAGAUAGUUUUUCAACAAGUAUUUUUAUGAGCAGCUCUUUUACACUUUCUUGGACUGUUCUGAGUUCUUAUGAAUAUCAGAUUUUGUUUCAAAACAAACAAACAACUCUGCCAAAACGAAUACUGAUACAAGGUGCCAUGAUUGACUUUGUAUACAAGCACAGAGAUCAUUUCGUCCACAAUGGAUUUCAAGUGUUCUCUCUCUCUCUCUGUGUGUGUACACACACACAAUGAAGUUUAGACGCCAAGUCCAAACGGUUUCUAUUGAGAACGAAAACUAUAUUUAUUACUUUGAGAAACCCCUAUGAUUCAAAAAGACCCUCUUGAAUAAGUAAACAAGCAGUACUCUUUACGACCUUUUUCAUAUGGUUGAUAGCGACUACAAAAUAUUGGGACAAAAAUACUUUGUUCUUCCUAAAAUGUCUAAAAACAAUUGGGUGGUCUAGCAAAAAACUAUUCAAAACCCAAAGUGGAAUGUACUAUAUAAGAAGAAUAUUGCUGUCUUGACUAGCGUGUUCUUCAUCGGGAUACAAAACAAGAAUUCAAUAGAUCUAUUCCAUUCCACACUUUACUUCACUCUAGGAUCGUUUGCUCCUUGUGCUGUUUAAAGAGGGCCUUGAAACACAGGAAAAAUUUUCUGAUUGAGUUUUUCAACAAGUGGAAGGGUCCAACGAUAUCAAUUGCACAACAAUAUAGAUCGGAAAAGAAAACAAAAGACAUGCCAAUGUAGUAUACCUGUGUUGCAAUUGUGCGUUGGCUCAUAUCUUUUUUUUUUAAU